UCCCUAUGGGUAAAAAUAUUAGUGGUCAAACUCCGCUGGAGAAAGUAUAGGCACUGUGAUUCACGUACUUAAAUGUUCAUUUAAUAGAGCUGGAGUGAAAAAAUACUGUUUCAACUUGAAAUGCUAGAAGAUUGUUGUUCUUGUGUUACUCAUUCAUGCAAAUUGGAGAAGGUAUAAUUGAAACAAGGUUGGCAGUGUUUGAGGCAGUGUACUGCAGCUGAGCUCAGCUUAAAGGUCGCUGGAAAUCAAGUGCUUUGUAAGAGAAGGCAUUUUGACUACAAGCAAUUCAAGACAUUUUGGAAACGUCAGUCUCAGGAAUGGGUCGCCUUUUUCUUUCUCUGAUAUCUGGUAUCUAAUGUUUUACUUAGGAUAAAGACUACUGCUUAAGAGCUCUUUCGGGCACCACAAAUGAUUUUUUCUUUCGACGCAGUGCAGCUGCUUCUAGCCUGUCUACCGACAGAGAUCUUUGUUAUGACUCUCAGCCCUUAACAUGUUUGGAAAUGAGAACAAAUGGCACAAAGCUUACGAUUGCAUUUUGCAGCCAGAAGAAGUAAUACUUAUCCUUUGUCAGAAACCUCCGGAGAUGGUUUGGAUAGCAAUGUUCCCAUGUGCUUCAAAAGACCAACACGGAUUUCAACAUCUAACGUUGUUCAAAUGAAGCUGACUCCCAGACAGACUGCACUAGCUCCGUUAAUAAAGGAAAACAUUAAGUCUCAGGAGAGAUCAUCUGCUCCUUCACCUGAAAAUGUUAAUAAAAAGAGCAGCUGUCUGCAGAUUUCACUACAGCCGACAACCAGGUACAGUAGAUGUCUUCAGUCUAGCAGUGUCUUAGCUGAUGGUGAUGAUGCUUCAUUUACCUGUGCCCUGAAGGACAGCAUUUACAGCAAUGCUGUGGUUGAUAGUGAACUGAAUGCUGUGAAUGAUGGUAACCUUUUGAGCAGUUCUGCCGUUUGCAGUGGUAGCCUUAGUAACUUUUCGACCAGUGAGCAUGGGUCUUACAACAGCAACUGUAGUGAUUAUGGGUCAUGCACAAGUAUCGCGAGUGGAGGUUCAUACACCAACAGUAUCACCAGUGACAGCAGUGGUUAUACUUUUCCACUAACUGAUGAUACAUUUUUUGGUGGAAAUUUAUCUUCUGACAGUACCUCCAAUAGAAGUGUGCUCAACAGGAACACUACCCCAUGUGAAAUUUUUUCAAGAAGUACAAGUACAAUUCCUUUUGUCCAGGAUGACUUGGAGCAUGGACUGGAGAUUCUGAAGUUGCCGGUGAGCGGGGACUCAAAAAUUCCACUAAAACGUUGUUCAUCCUUAGUCAUUUUUCCUAGGAGUCCUUCAAAUACCCCGCCAACUUCUCCAACAAGUACAGGUACUCUUCCAAGCAAAGGAUCCUAUCAAACCUCACACCAGUUUAUUAUUUCUCCCAAUGAAACUGCCCAUAAUGAGGAUGGUACUAGUGCUAAGGGAUUUCUUUCAACAGCUGUCAAUGGACUCCGGUUAUCUAAAACGAUCUGCGCUCCCGGAGAAGUAAGAGACAUUCGACCACUUCACGGGAAGGGCUCAUCACAAAAGAAAAUUGUUAUUGCAAAUAGUAGUCCAAAUCAGACUACCUUUGAAAAGCCAUCUGAAGGAUAUUCUUGUGUUUCAGUGCAUUUCACUCAACAAAAAACAACUACAUUAGAUUGUGAAGCAGCAAAUGGUGAUUAUAAACCAGAGAUGUCAGAAGUUAAGCUUAACUCUAAUUCAGAGUGUGUUAAGCUUAUGCAGAGGACACCUGCAUGUUUGCCAUCCUCUCAAAAUGUAGAUUAUCAAAUAAAUAUCAGUGGACAGUUGGAAAGACCAAAUUUACAGACAAAUAAAAACCAUGCUAUUUUACAAAGAAGUAUUUCAUUGGGAGGAAUUUAUCCAAAUGUUUCCUGUUUGUCCAGCCUUAAGCACAAUUGUUCUAAAGGGGGACCACCUCAAUUACUUAUAAAAUUUGCAUCUGGAAAUGAAGGUAAAGUUGAUCAUUUAUCAAGAGACAGCAAGAGAGAUUUCACAAAUGAACUAUCUAAUUCUUCGAAGCAUUCUUGUAAGACAAGAGAUGAUUUCCUAGGUCAAGUGGAUGUUCCUCUUUACCCAUUACCGACAGAAAAUCCAAGAAUGGAGAGACCAUAUACAUUUAAGGAUUUUGUUCUUCACCCAAGAAGUCACAAAUCAAGAGUUAAAGGUUAUCUGAGAUUAAAAAUGACUUAUUUACCUAAAACCAGUGGCUCAGAAGAGGAUAACGCAGAACAGGCUGAGGAAUUAGAGCCUGGCUGGGUUGUUUUGGACCAACCAGAUGCUGCUUGCCAUUUGCAGCAGCAACAAGAACCUUCUCCUCUACCUCCAGGAUGGGAAGAGAGGCAGGAUGUUCUUGGAAGGACCUACUAUGUAAACCACGAAUCUAGAAGAACACAGUGGAAAAGACCAACUCUUCAGGACAACCUAACAGAUGCUGAGGAUGGUAACAUUCAACUGCAAGCACAACGUGCAUUCACCACCAGGCGGCAGAUAUCCGAGGAAACAGAAAGUGUAGACAACCGAGAGUCUUCCGAGAACUGGGAAAUUAUAAGAGAAGAUGAAGGCAUCAUGUAUAGCAAUCAGGUCUUCUCAUCACCUCCACCAUCGAGUAACUUGGAUGUUCAGACUCAGCUGGCAGAAGAACUGAAUGCCUUACUUGCUAUGUCUGGAAAUUCAGCCACUGGCCAGCCACAAGUUCUUCAAGAAGCUUCAAUGUAACCAAUGGUCUGUGAAUACUUUUAUGACUAUCCAAGAGCAGAUCUGCCCACCUGUUCCCUUGCUCUCCUCUUUUUCCAGCUGUCUAUUCUAUCUUCCAUUCAUUUAUUUUUAUUUUUUAUUUUUUUGUCAGAGGAGUGGGAAAGAUCAGUCAUAGACUUAAAGAAUAAGCUAUAUUGAUUUUUUAAAAUUACCAGUACUUUUUUUCAAUCCUCACCCAAGGACAUGCUUACUGAUUUUAAAGAGAGGAAAAGAGAAGGGGAGAGAGGGAAAGGGAGGGAGAGAGACAGGGAAAGAAACAUCAAUGUGAGAGAGAAACAUGGUUUAGUUACCCCUCAUACACGCUCUGACUAGGGACCGAACUCACAUGUCCUGACUAGGAAUCGGACCUGCAUCCUGUUAGUUUACAGGCUUAUGCUCCAACCAGCUGAGCCACACCAGGGAGGGCUAAGUUAUAUUGACUUAUUAAUGAUAAAUCAUAUAAGAUUCUAUUCCCUUUUCUCUUGUUAUUUUAAUUUUAAAAGUAAUACAUGGCACCUAUACAAUGAAAUACUCUGCAGCCAUUGAAAAGAAUAAGGUGGCUUUGAAUCUAUAUGUUGUAUGGAACAGCCCCUAAGAGAUGUUGGUGAAAACCAGCAAGGUAUAGAACAGUGUGUUUGAUGUCCUGUUUAUGUUUUGUAAAUUAUUUAAAUGAUACUGAAUAAAUAUGUGUAUGAGGUUUCUUGAAGACUAAACAGGAAACUGGUAACAUAGCUGAUCUCUGAAGAGAAGAACAGGGUGCAGAACAGAUAUCUUUGGUUCCUUUUGAAUUUCAUAGUGUAUGCAUGUAUUACUUAUUCAAAAACAUAAUUUAUUCUUUUAAAAAGGUUGUAUGGCCAUGGUUAACAAAACCGUAUUGAGAUGUAUAAAAUAAAAAUUAAAUCUUCCAUCUUACCUUUAACACAUGCUUCCUUAAUUGCUGUUGAUGGUUUGGCAUAUAUUGUCCUGAACAUUUUCUUUUUUUUUAAAGACUUUAUUUAUUUAUUUUCAGAAAGAGAUGAAGGGAGAGAGAAAGGGACAAACAUCAAUGUGUGAAAGAAGCAUCUGUUGGUUUCUUCUCCCACGCUCCCCAGCUAGGGACCUGGCCUGCAACCCAGACCUGUGCCCUGACAGGAAAUAAAGUCGGUGACCUUUCAGUUCACAGGCUGGCACUCGAUUCAUGGAGCAACACCAGCCAGGGCUUUCCUGAACAUUUUUUAUAUAUUUAUAAACAUAUAUGAGCACACAUAGAUUUCUUUGUAAUUUUUUUAACGAGAUCAUCUCAUACACACCUUUUUUGUAACUCACUUCUUUCGCUUGCUAUAUCAUAGCCAUUGGACCAUUUCAGUAAAUAUAGAGUUACUCCUUUUAAAAACCAUUAACAAAAAGAAAUCAUCAAACUCUAGCAUAUUUCAGUGUGCAAAUAAACCUUAAGAUAUUGCACCAUCUCCUACUGAGGGACAUUAGAUUGUCUCUAGUUCUUUAUUAUUCUUAACAAUACUACAAUGGAUAUUUUGAGUUAAUUGAUACGUGUAUUGUAAAUUUUGAUGUCGCUAUCUAAAACUGAAAUGUUUUAGAUAGGGACAACAGCAUGUGUAUAAAAAUACAAGGAUAGAGAGUAUAUAAGAUUUUUGGGAAACAAGGAAUCUGAAACAUCCAGAGGUUAGGUCAUGGGCGAGAUGUGUGGGAGCCAUCAGGAUGAACCAGAUCAGGAAGCUCACUAAGCAUUGUAUUCUGGGCCGUAGAUUUCAUGCCAGUGAUGGUAUGAAGUCACUGAAGGGCUCUGAGAAUGAUGUGACUGGCUCACACUAUAGAACAUUCUCUGGCUGCAACAUGCGGUAUGAGAGUAAAUUCAAAGAAAUCAGACUUGGACCCAGGAAAUCUAUUAGGAUGUUGCUGCAGUAAUCAUCAAGGUGACAAAUGAUGAAAACUUAAAACUGUAAAACAACAAAUUUGAACUAAAAUGGAAAGGGAAUAUAUUUGAGAGCCAAUAAAGAAAUAGAAUGAAUGGGAUCUGGUGACUGAACUGGCUGGAAGGGACAUAGAAGGAGAAGUUCAGUGUCUGACUGACACCUGACUUGGGCAGCUCCUGGACAAGGUUCAAGUCGGUGUGAACAGGGAAAAACCAAAUCCAGCGUGGGGCACAUCGAGGGGGUAUCUAUUAAACAUUUGAGAGAUGUCUAGGCUGUCUAGGAGGCAGCCUAGAAUUGGGGUAUGCAGGAGGCAGUCUAGAAUGAUCUGGAAGCUGGGAGGCAUCAGCAUAUGCAUGUGCUGGUGCUGAAAGCACUGAGUGCUUUUACUUAGUCUCUAUGGUUGCUUCCUCACCAGCAUCCUUUCUUCUGCUACCUCAUACCAACCCCCACUAUGUUAUCUGCUUCUCAGAGACAAAUCCAAGACCUAACAAUAUUAUCGUUC